GAUCUCGAUAUCUCGAGAAGCACAUUAUUCUUUACGGUAUUGAUAAUUUCCAUUUUAGGAAAUCUUGUUAUUAGCUAGUAUGCUUUCCAAAACACCAAAACCGAUAUUUUCGAUCUCUAGGGGCAUCAGGACUUUGAUAAUUUCCGAGAUUGCAUUUGUUACCGGAACAAUUAUAGGCUGGUGUUGCAUGGAUAGAUCUCAAAAUUGCAGAUAUUUUUUUUAUCGAAAGCUACCGUCCCUGCUAGAGCUGUAUUAUACCGUCAGUGAACAAGGGCCUGGAAAUAGUAACGUAAGAUUGUAUGAUUUGCAAACUUGGGAAACACGAAAUGAACAGUAGAUCUUCAUGGAGUUCGUGAGAUAUUUAGUGUUUUUAAGAGGAAGUAAUGGUUCUAAACAUUGUUUUCUACACAUUCAUUCUUUUAAAAGAAAAGACGUGCUAAAGUCUUUGUAUAGGACAUCUUCAAAUAUAAACAAACAAAAAAAUCAUUUGAGUAUAUUAAAACAAAACACUUCAGAAAAUCAAUCUAUGUUAGUGACAAAUAGCAAGUAUAUCAAGUUAAAUUCUGUCCAGAAUAUAACCUUUGUUGAAAAAUAGCAUUUAAACAGCAAUAUGGACUCUGCCACUCUCAUAGAAGGAAGUUUAUCGGAACGCAUUACCAAAAGGGAUCGUGAAAGGAAAAAUAUCAUCGAGAGACGGAAAGAAGAACGACAAUCGUUGGCUGUUGAAGCUGAACAAAGUAGUUAUUUUAAAGACACUUUCUAUUCAACGUGCAAGAAGAUCAAAGAAAUGUUAGACGAUGCACCUAGUGCUCCCACAUCGACUCUUCCUGGAAUAUUUGAUAAAACAAACAAGGAAAUUCAAACACUUAAGACUUAUUUGUCGCAAUCAAAAAUGUUUUUAAAAGUUUACGAUAUUAGAAGAGCACAGGAACAUUUACAAUUAUUAGAAAAUGAAGCUUCCGAUCUGGAACUAAAGUUACUACCCAAGAAGAAAUUUGGUUUUAAAAAUCGAAGGGUUGUAAAAAAGACCUCGGACAAGACACACGAUAUGACGGAUGGUUUGAAAGAUUUGAAAAUAUCAGAAGGAAUUGUGAAUGGUUCUACAAAACAAAAUCACAAACUAUCAAGUAAAUAUGGAGACAGUGCGUGUAUGAUAUUAGGGAAAGUUGACGAACAGCUAAUUUUGGAUGCUGAAAAUGUGAAUAAAAAUGAUAUUCUACUUUCUGAUCUAAUUCGUUGUACAGUGCGAAUUUAUGGCACACCUAGUACAUUGCACAUGAUAAACUUAAAGCAGUGUACUGUAUUGGUUGGGCCGGUAACAUCAUCUGUAUUUAUCCAUGAUUGUAGCGAAUGUGUAUUUGCUUUUGCUUGUCAACAGCUUCGAUUACACUCUUCGACAGAUUGUACUAUUUAUUUACACGUUACUAGUAGGUCAAUCAUAGAAGAUUGUACAAAGAUACGCGUAGCGCCUUAUAAUUGGUCUUAUGAAGAUCAAGCAAAUCAUUUCAAUCUAGCUGGUCUCGAUCCAAAAAUAAACAAUUGGAAUUGUAUCGAUGAUUUCAAUUGGUUAUCCAAUGAAAAACAUUCUCCAAACUGGUGCAUUCUCGAGCCGGAAUCACGUGUAAAAAAUUGGGAUUAAUAGGUAUAACAAAAAUAAACUAUGAAAUGUGAAAUUCGAUUUUUAAAAUACCAUUUUUUUUAAAGUUAAAUACUUAUUUUGUUAUGUAAAUUAUUUAUGUCUAUACUUCGCUUUU